AUGCGAGGGCUGCUGCUGUGCGGGGGGUGGCUGCUGGCCGCCGGCUACGUGCUGGGCAGCUGCCGGCACCGCUGCUGCCCAGGCAGGAACAACGCUUGCUGGGCCCCGGGCGCCCACCGGGCUCGCUGCUACUGCGACUCCUACUGCGAGAGGACGGGCGACUGCUGCCAGGACUACCAGGCCUCGUGCCGCCGCGCCGCGGUGGGCUGCGUGGUGGGACCCUGGGGGCCCUGGAGCAGCUGCAGCUCCCCGUGCGGGGUCGGCAGCCAGGACCGCAGCCGCCAGGUCACCGUCCCGCCCCGGCACGGCGGGGAGCCCUGUCCCGACCUCAAGCAGCGCCGCGGGUGCCUGGGGGAUGACCCAGCCUGCGGGGCCACCAAAGGGGUGGCCAAGGUGCUCCCGGAUUCCUUCAGCCGGGACUUCAGGGAUCCCUGGAGAAGAGCUGGGCUGCAGAGGCCGGAGGAGCCACCCAGCUCCCCCCUCCCCAGCUCCUGCGGCUUUUUCCGCCUGACGCAGGUGGCGGCCGCCUGCCGGGGGCAGCCCUGGAGCCGCCGGCUGCAGCGGGACAGGCGCGUGUGCGUCCAGUGCUGGGGGGACGCGCUCCACGGGCACCCCCGCUGCGAUGGGCACGGGCUGCAAGGAGCCAGGACGUUCUGGGCGGCCGCCUCCGUGGCGGGGUGUCAGGGCUCCUGGGUGCGGGAGGCGCUGCAGGACGGCUGCACCUGCCCCUCGCCAGCGCUCGUCUUUGUGUAGCCCCCCCCCGGGAAGCCCUCCGCAAGCUCGCUGCCUGCCUGCGGCGAUGGGAGGCAGCUCCUUUGUGGUUUCCACUACUAAAAAACGAGGGAACUGCUCAGUCCUCAGCCAAGUGACUAACACGGGAAGGGCGGCUGAAUCCAGCAGGAGGUGGGGGGACAAGGCAGCGCUGCCCUGCUCCGCUGAGACACCGGCAGCAGAGACGAGCCCCCGAGCAGGCGUUUGGGAGCACGCAGGGAGGAAAGCAGCGUGCUUCCACCUGGACCACCGUGGUUUUGGGGCAUCGUUAACGUGACUGCAGCGAAACGUCAAGGGCAUCUCGGCUGCUGUGUGUGGUUUGUGGAGCGAAAUUAAAGCUAGGCAUGGAAAGCAA